CUAGCUUCUAGCUGCAAUCGUAUCUCACUGUCCCAAGCAAAAGUUCAGAAGUCCCUCAUCGAUAAGGAGUCCUCAGGAGCAGGGGAAGCUCUCUUAACUAGGCAUUCCCACCAUGUGGCUGUUUUUAACAACAGCCUGUUUGAUUUGUGGAAAUUUAAAUGCUGCUGGAUUCUUCAAUUUGGAAAAAGAAGCGAAUCCUGAAGUGUGGAUGAAUAUUAAUGAAAUCAUCACCUAUAAUGGCUACCCCAGUGAGGAGUAUGAAGUAACCACCCAAGACGGGUACAUACUCAGCGUCAAUCGGAUUCCCCAUGGGCGAAAAGACACUAGGAUCACAGGUGCCCGACCAGUUGUAUAUAUGCAGCAUGCCCUGUUUGCAGACAGUGCCUGCUGGCUUGAGAAUUUUGCCAACGGCAGCCUUGGAUUCCUUCUAGCUGAUGCUGGUUAUGAUGUAUGGAUGGGAAACAGUCGGGGGAACACUUGGUCAAGAAGACACAAAACACUCUCAGUGAAUGAAGAGAAAUUCUGGGCCUUUAGCUUUCAUGAAAUGGCCAAAUAUGAUCUCCCUGGAAUCAUAGACUUCAUUGUCAAUAAGACUGGUCAGCAGAAGUUGUAUUUCGUUGGACAUUCGCUUGGUACUACAAUAGGGUUUGUAUCCUUUGCCACCAUGCCUGAACUGGCACAAAGAAUCAAAAUGAAUUUUGCCUUGGGUCCUGUGGUUUCCUUCAAAUAUCCCACGGGCAUUUUUACCAGAUUUUUCCAACUUCCAAGUUCUGCAAUCAAGAAGUUGUUUGGUACCAAAGGUUUCUUUUUAGAAGAAAGUAUAGGGAAGUCACCUUCUAUCAAAAUCUGCAACAAUAAAAUAUUAUGGGUGAUAUGUAGUGAAUUUAUGUCCUUAUGGGCGGGAUUCAACAAGAAAAACAUGAAUAUGAGCCGAAUGGAUGUGUAUAUGUCCCAUGCUCCCACUGGAUCAUCAAUACAGAACAUCCUGCAUAUAAAACAGCUUUACCAUUCUGAUGAAUUCAGAGCUUAUGACUGGGGAAGUGAAGCUGAAAACAUGCAUCACUACAAUCAGAGUCGUCCUCCACUAUAUGAUCUGACUGCCAUGAAAGUUCCUACUGCUAUUUGGGCUGGUGGAAAUGAUAUUCUUAUCACACCCCGAGAUGUGGCCAGGAUACUCCCCCAAAUCAAGAAUCUCCGUUACUUCAAACUAUUGCCAGAUUGGAACCACUUUGAUUUCAUCUGGGGCCUCGAUGCUGCUCAACGAGUAUACAGCAAAAUCAUAGAUUUGAUGAAGUCAUAUCCCUAACUGCAAUAUACCUACUUUUCAGUUAGGAGUUGCUUCCAAGCCCAUAAGAGGCUUUGGGGAAAUACUAAUCUACUUAAGUAGCAGUGAGAUGUACACUGGCAUCCUUCACCUUGUUACUUUUUCUGAUGUGUUCUCUUAUCACGUCAUCCCAGCUAGUAAUUAUUCCAACUGUGCUGUUCUCUCUCAAACAAAUGUCCACACCUGAACUCUCAGGAUCUCUUCCUUGCCAAGUCCCUGCUUUUCAUCUAAGAAGCCCUGGUAAACUCUUCUCUGCUAACUGUACAUUUCAGGGAAGAAUUAAAAGAGGCCUUUGUCUUUCUUAUUUCAAAUACAUAUAGUGGCUUCAUGCAAAUAAUACCCACUCCCCAACCCCUCUUUUCAAAGGAUUGAAUGUAAGCAUAGGAGUGCUGGCCUAGAAAAAUCUUGUUGGGGGUCAUUUGGGAAAAUAUUUCAGGUGACUGUAAUCUUGUGGCUUUCUCGAAAUCACAGUUAGAGCAAUAGUCAAAUAGUCAUCUAUAAACAAGCCAUGAACUAAGCCUGAUCCACAUCAAGCUUGAAAAGAAUAGCAGAAUGGAAAACUAACCAAAUUAAAGUAUCCAGGAGUUUUACAGUUACAAGCUGGGGGAUGGGGGGCAGACAAGAUGGAGGAUGAUUAGGAUAAACUGAAUUUCUAGUUGUUAAAAUUUUUCACUUAGACUACUGUCUUUAAAACAAGGUCAAAUUGAAUAAAGCUUUUUGAAAAUAGUGUACUAAAACUCAUAGACAGUAGUCUUUAGUGAUAGCAUUUGAAAGCUCAUUCUUUCUUGUUUUGCUCUAAAGAUAAACUAAACUGAUCAGCCAUUAUGUCUUCAUUAUCAAAGUAGAAAUUAUACUACUGCAUUCACACCCUUUAACAUUUAAAGCAGUUUUCUGAAAGGCUAACAGAGGACCAGCAAGAGAGGCACUAGGAAUUCUAGAGUCUUGCUUUAUCUCAGUCUCUAACUGAUGCCAGACACUGAGUCUAGGACUCAGUACAGAGUUCCAAAAGUAGUAUGAAGUUUUAGUGUCAGUUCUAUACUCCUGAAUGAAUUCCAGGUGUGAACCUGGAAAAGCCCUUUCCUUCCAUGAAGAUAUAAUUAAUGGAAAACUGUCUAUGAGCCUCAAGGAAUCAUAAAUUUAAUAAAUAAUGCAUAACACAAACUUUCAUCAGUUUAACUUAAAACAGAUAAGUGUGAUAGUUCACAAA